AUGCAGGCGCUGUGUUCUCACCCCGCGUCCCUCACGGCGCGUGCGGUACCCCAUGGGCGGGCCAGCCCAGCACAGCGGGUGUCCAGCGCCGGCCCGGCCUACACCGGCCUGUCCCGGCACACCCUGGGCUGCCCCAGCACCCCCACCCUCCAGUCCCGCGCCGCGGUCCAGACCCGCAGCUCCUCCUCCGGCUCCACCACGCGCAUGACCACCACCGCCCAGCGCAAGAUCAAGGUGGCCAUCAACGGUUUCGGCCGCAUCGGCCGCCAGUUCCUGCGCUGCGUGGAGGGGCGUGAGGACUCGCUGCUGGAGAUCGUGGCCGUGAACGACUCCGGUGGCGUGAAGCAGGCCAGCCACCUGCUCAAGUACGACUCCACCAUGGGCACCUUCAACGCCGACAUCAAGAUCUCGGGCGAGGGCACCUUCUCCGUCAACGGCCGCGACAUCCGCGUCGUCUCCUCCCGCGACCCCCUGGCCCUGCCCUGGGGCGAGCUGGGCGUGGACCUGGUGAUCGAGGGGACUGGAGUGUUUGUGGACCGCAAGGGCGCCAGCAAGCACCUGCAGGCGGGGGCCAAGAAGGUCAUCAUCACCGCGCCGGCCAAGGGCUCCGACGUGCCCACCUACGUCAUGGGCGUGAACGCGGACCAGUACUCCAACUCCGACGACAUCAUCUCCAACGCCUCCUGCACCACCAACUGCCUGGCGCCCUUUGUCAAGGUGCUCAACGACCGCUUCGGCAUCGUGAAGGGCACCAUGACCACCACCCACUCCUACACUGGCGACCAGCGGCUGCUGGACGCCUCCCACCGCGAUCUGCGCCGCGCACGCGCAGCAGCGCUGAACAUCGUGCCCACCACCACCGGCGCGGCCAAGGCCGUGGCCCUGGUGCUGCCGCAGCUCAAGGGCAAGCUGAACGGCGUGGCCCUGCGUGUGCCCACGCCCACGGUGUCUGUCGUGGACCUCGUCAUCCAGACGGAGAAGAAGACGUUCACCGAGGAGGUCAACUCCGCCUUCCGGGAGGCCUCCGAGGGCUACCUGAAGGGCAUCCUGGCGGUGUCCGACGAGCCCCUGGUGUCCUGCGACUACCGCAUGACCGACGUCAGCAGCACCAUCGACGCCGCGCUGACCAUGGUCAUGGGCGACGACAUGGUCAAGGUCAUCGCCUGGUACGACAACGAGUGGGGCUACAGCCAGCGCGUGGUGGACCUGGCGGAACUGGUCGCCCAGAAGUGGGAGUGA